AUGGCUAAUUUGAUAUCUGACAGGCCUGCAAGGCUUCAGGUAGAUCCUAACUCUAUAGCUGAUGACGAUAAGCCUCCACAAACGGGGACCAGCUUCAAUAUUUGGUUCUUAAAGUGGUCUGGUGGUGAUAGCUCAUCUAAGAAUUAUGUCAAGCUGAAAUUUCGACUCAAUGUAAAGAAGGAUUCAGGAUCGACAAGAGCACCUUCUAACAGCCCAAUCUGCUUAUUUUUUGCUCGUGGAUGUUGUUAUAAAGGGCCUAAAUGUAAUUAUCAACAUAGAUUACCUUCUUCCACCAAGCAUAGCAAUAUACCGACGCAGGAUUGUUUUGGCAGAGAUAAAACUGCAGACUAUAAAGAUGAUAUGGAUGGAGUUGGGUCUUUUAACAGAUACAAUCGUACUUUAUAUGUAGGUGGUUUGAAUUCAAUUCUGAAUAACAAGAUCGAAAACGUCUUGACCAAGCAUUUCCAAGAAUUUGGCUCAAUAGAUAAGAUACGUGUAUUGUACGAUAAAGGAUGCGCUUUCAUUUCUUUCAAGACCGAAGAAGAGGCACAAUUUGCUAAAGAGGCGAUGCAGAGCCAAUCUCUUGAUGAUGAUGAAAUAUUGAAUAUUCGUUGGGCUAGCGAAGACCCAAAUCCGCAUGCUCAGAGGCAAGAACAGAGAAGAUUAGAGGAGAAAGCUUUAGAAACAGUUAAGCAAUUGUUGAGCCAGGUAGAAGAAAAAGAGAACAAACGAAGAAAGGUGACGGUAGAAGAAGUAGAAGAAGAAUACGAAGGGGAAGAAGAGUCUGUCAAAUUAAUAUCAGCACCGCCAGCGGCGCUUCCUCAGAUAGGCGCUACUGACCCUAGCUCCUCCUCCUCCUCCUCCUUCUUCAGUGGUAACUCCCUUGCAGAGUUGAAGUCAAUUAGAAGAAAAAUCCUACUCCCCACUCCUUCUCCUGUAUUGAAGGAAAGCAAAGUUGAAUUAAAAGACAUGUUGGCCUACGAUAGCGAUGAUUAG